GCCAAGACAUACUCAAGUGCUGCCUUGUCAACAUCUCUCUCCUUCUUCUUACAAAACCCUCCAAUCUCAAUUCUGAACAUCUCAAAACAAUCUUGGUCUUUCUCUCUCUACAUCCCUCUCUCUCUCUCCGAAUGUGUAGGGUCGGCACCAAAUACGACACCGGUUCAAUGGUUGCUUCAGAUUGCAGCCUUUUGAUUGGUCUCACUUCUCUUUGCCCAACCAAAAACAUCAUUUGAUGAUAUAAAGAAGCCAGCUCUGUCCACUGCAAAUCUCUUUAAUUUCUUUUCAUAUUUAACUUAUUUAUUCAGAUUUUUUUUUUUGGGUUGUAUGAUCAACAUCAUUAUCGCCUUAUUAUUCGUUAUUAAAUUUUAAUAACUAUUAAAAACAAAUGUCCCAAACGAGCUAUUACCGAUCACCGUUCGGAGACACGACUUACACCAAAGUCUUCGUUGGAGGAUUAGCUUGGGAAACUCCCACCGAUGAAAUGCGUCGUUACUUCGAUCAGUUCGGAGAGAUUCUUGAAGCAGUCAUCAUCACCGAUAAAAACACCGGCAAAUCUAAAGGCUACGGCUUCGUCACGUUUCAAGAGGCGGAUUCUGCGACAAGAGCCGUGGCUGAGCCAAAUCCGGUGAUCGACGGAAGGAAAGCUAAUUGUAAUAUUGCUUCUUUUGGUCGGCCUCGACCAUCGCCACCUCGAGGUCGAGGACAAACAGGAAGUCCAAUUCAGUACCAAAGUGGAGGACCAUCAGCCUAUACAGGGAUGGCUGCACCAAUGCCACCAGCUGCAGCUGCCCACCAGCUCAUGUAUCCAUCUUACGGGUACACCUAUAACCCUGAUCAGUUUGGAUACCACCAAGCACUGUACAACACACAGUUGCAACAAGCACAAUACUAUCAACAGCAGCAACAGCUAUAUGGAGGAGGAGCCACAUCACCAUCAUCAUCAGCAACCAUCAUGCCUUCUCCUUACUAUUACGGCUAUUCUCUUCAAGCUCCUAGAGUGCCAUACCAACAUCAUCAUCUUCCUCAACCAUAUAACACUCAACAACAUCAUCAUCAACGGUUUACUUCUCCUUUCCUCGUUUACCCAUCCAACUCUUCUUUUGCACCUCCUCUCCAAGCAUCACUCUCUUCUUUCACAGAAUCUGAAGCACCAGAACAAGUAUCAUCAGCAGAAGGCGAGGCAACAACCGCUGCACCUGAAAUCACAACGAACAACAAUAAAGAACCAAUUUCUUCUUGAUUUCUUCACAUUUUUAUCUCUCUCUUCGCUGCACCUGAAAUUACAAACAGCUAAUUCAUUUAUUUCUCAACCAGAGCUAUGACUUGAGCCCCAAGAAGACGACUCAAGACUGUUUAUCUCUUUAUAAGACUCUUGUCAUAGUAUUUAUCUCCAUAUUUUUCUGAAGGAAUCUACGUAAACCGUUUCCUUCAUGUUUCCUUAUUUCAAUUCUAAUAAUAUCAACUUUAUGCU